AUGACCAUCCAUUCAAUAACAUCGGGUACAAAUUCACCCAUUGAUAACACAUCGCCCCAUUUUGGUGGAAGUUUAAGUGUAAUAGGCGCAAAGCCAGAUCCAAACCAAUACAAAAAAGAUAAUAGCGAUUCCUCCGCUCCGCAAUCAAAGCCUGCUAGUUUCUCUCCUGACCCACCCGACUAUCCACACAGUUAUCAUGCAUCUAAUCCGAGAAGUAGACUGAUUAGUACACCUACUCGCAUAGCUCUUUCCAGCUCUGAAAAUAAAAUUUGUCAAUGGUACUGUUGUUCGUGCGGUCAGUCAUAUGGUUCAGUCAUUUAUAAAGAUGCUGAUGGACAUGUUGAAACUAGGGAAGAGCAUGAAAGAAACAACAAUACAGAUCCAAAUACCAAUUAUAUAUUAGAUAAUCUUAAGUACUACAGCCAAGUAGUUUACCGAGAUCAUUUGCAUACUGUUACUAAUAUCCCACGACCUAACAAUGACAAUCAUUCUAUGCGCAAGUCAAAACUGUCGGAACCAAUGUAUUCAGAUUGCAUUCAACCGAAGCCAAUGAUUUUAAAUUACACAUCUAGUUCUCCUCCAAGUCCAACAAUGAAUCCUGUAACAACACCAUUAAUGUCUCCUAUAAGUUUAGAUUUACAAAAUAAUAAUACUAUUAAUUAUCAGGAGAGAAUUAUCAUAUCUGCCCCCACAAGAUUUACUUGCCACCGCUGUGACCAUAUGAUGUGUCCAUAUUGCCCUAAGCUAAGGUUGAAAGACUUGGACCGGUAA